AGAUGAAUGUGGUGCCCGGCGCCUCCCUAGUGACGGGGGACUUCACAAAGGCUGAUACGCAAGCAGAGGUUACCAAGAUUCUACAAGGAAAACGAGCGGAUGUGGUACUUAGCGACAUGGCACCACCAGCAAGCGGGCAGCCAUCUGUCGAUUUCGACCGGUUAAUGAAUCUUUGCGAUGCCGUUUUGAACUUCACGAAGGGCAAUCUCAAACCAGGCGGGACGCUUGUAGUGAAACUACUGGGAGGUGGGGAUAUCAAGGACUUCCGCACUUCUCUGACUCAAACUUUCCAGUCCGUCAAAUUUGCGAAGCCAGCUGCCAGUCGGAGUUCAUCGUCCGAGUCGUUUGUGGUCGCCACUGGCUUUACUCAACCCAAAUCAUCUGUCGAGGGCAGCGGAACAAUGCAGAGGGAAGUGAAAACUGAUUAA